AUGAGUAACAUUGAAAGUUCGCGCCCUUCGAUAGAAGAGGCACCGCUUACUCCAAUGACAGAAAUUCCAUACGAUUCUAUCGCUCCAAGCACAACAAGAGAUUCAAUUAUCACAUACAGUACUGACUUGGGAGAUAGCAGUAUGACGACAGAUAACGUAUAUGAAAAUAAAGAAAAGGAGGUACCCUCAGGAACACCCAACCCUCCAGCUUUUUAUCGUCGAAAACGCUUUUGGGCGUUAUGCGCAGCGAUUUCUACCAUUAUAGCCGCCAUUUUCAUACCCCUUCUUUUCUUGGUUAUAGUUCCAAACGUGGCUCAAAGCACGGUUAAUAAGUCACAGAUCCAAUUUCAUGUAAUAAACAUCACACAGGCAACCAAUGAUGGUUUCUUGGUUGAGAUGUCAGGAGUGGCUUCAAAUGCUGGCAAUUUUGACGCUACAUUGACAUUUAAUGGACCCUUGAGCGUUAUAUAUAAAGGUAAUAAGAUUGGUACGGUUAAAUUAGACGAUCUUAAAGUUUCCGGAGGAAAAGGAGAUGUAUCAGGGAUUAAUAGUUUUACCAUUGUCGAUAAACAAGCUUUUGAACAGUUCACAGGUGAUUCGAUGGUAGAUGAAUUUUUUGAAUGGACACUUCAAGGAAGUGCGAAUGUACGUGCAUUAGGAGUCACCACAAAAAAUUUAAAUGUCAAUAAAGUGGUCAAAAUCCCCGGCGGUAAUGGUUAUAAAAGUAAAUUGACGAAUUUAAAAGUUAGUCAGAACCAAGAUAAUUCUUUUAACAUGGAAAUGACAACAAUUUUAAAUAAUAGUUCCCCUCUUUGCAUGGAACUUGGAAAUUUGACCCUUCAAGUUUUAGCUGGAGAUACCGCAUUGGUCAACGUAACUUCCAAUUAUUUCUACCUUGUUCCUAACGAAAAUACGUUAAUCUUGUCAGGAAUUGCACAGUUGCCAACAAGUGAUGUAGAAAAAUUAAUGUUUUUAAGCGUUAUUGAAGCUUAUCUAUCAAAUAAACCCAUCAACGCAACUGCUAAAGGAAUAUCUACUUCGCUCAAUGGUGGACCGGUGGAUUGGUUGGAAGCAGCUGUUGCGAGUUUAACAUUACAUACCGAAGUGGGAAGUGCUGAUAAACCCCCACAACUCAUAACAUCAGUUGAUCUUGGUCAAAUGAGUAUGCAGUUUACACCUGACACAGCUUUCUCACCGUUAAUAUCUGCGAAAAAUACAACGGCCAAUUUCGUCCCACCAUUUGCCAUUCCAUUUCAAAUUUUGUCCAUACAACAAGAGUUAAAUAUUAAUUAUAAUGGAAAACCCGCCGCUACAGUUCAAACCCCUGAUACACCAGUGACAACCGCCAACGGUGAAAUCUCCCUUGAUGUUCCAGAAACUCACUUGCAAGCUUCUGAUGGAUUCUCUGACCUUUUGACAGCUUUAACGACAACUGAUGGAUCUGAUGUUGAAAUUACUGGAAAGGCCAACAUUACGGCGAACACUCCAUUGGGCCAAACUAUCAUUCAUGAAAUUCCUUUUAAUGUAACUUCCAGAAUGGAAGGUUUGAACGAAUUUAAUAGCCCCGGAGGUGCUCCCGUCGUUAACAAUAUUAGUGUUUUAUCUGGAAGUCCCAAACAAAUUAUAUUAGGUUCUGUCGUAACUCUUGUAAAUCCUACGUUAUUUUCCGUUUCCAUCGGCCAAGUAGAUUUUAAUCUGUAUUCCAACAAUAGCCAAAUUGGAACUGUUACUAUCAAUGAUUUAUCCAUUGUCCCCGGACCUAAUCCACUUGCAGUUCUCAUUACUUUAGAUGAUCCUGCAAAUAAUGCUGGAAAUGAUGUUUUGAUUUCUUAUCUUAGCGGUAAAGACGCAGUUUUAAACAUCAAAGGUUUCGAAACUUCAACAAAAGUAGCUAGUUUGGUACCAGCCUUCAAAGCAAUCGAUAUUCCAACACCUUUACCUCCAUUCAAUCUACCACUUAUCACAAAA